AUGGUGACCACCAGAUCGCAGUCGCGUAUGAUGAGGGAAGAGGUGAGAGAAAACUGCUGAAAACUCGAAGAGAUUGUGCGGAUUUCAGGACACCGAUGUCAUUUUCAUCCAAUCCGUGCCGAAAACGAAUGAGCCCAGAAAGCGGACCAAAGCCGAAAGAAGACGUGAACUUGAAGAGUCGGGAGAUCCAGAGGAUAUCCAGAUUAUCAAGGUUGUCAAGCUGAACCCGCCCGUUCAAAACCAGAACGAUGUGCCAAUGGUCGAUUUGAACAACGGCGGACAGGCUGACGCGCCGGAGCCAGAGCAGCUGGAGCCAGUUAGAAAGGAGCCCGAGGAGAAGGAGCCUGAGCAGCUAGAGCCAGUUAACAAGGAGCCCGAGCAGAAGGAGCCUGAGCAGCAGGAGCCAAUUUUCGAGGAGCGCGAGUACAGUGAGGAGGAGCUCGAGAAAAUCCCGCCGGACGGUAAACUGCCACCGUGGUACGUGCGCGGACAACUCGAUGAGCCAGUUCUGAUUCCGCCAGACAUCCGCGCGCGUCAGAAGAAUUGGGACGACUUUGUCUGGGUAAGUAUCAUAUUGUAGUGAUCUAGUCGUGAAAAUUUCAAAACAUGAUUUCUGAUGUGAGCCAAAUGUUUUCCAAAUAGAGAACAAAAACCAGGACCGAGACGGGACGGUAAACUUGUUUACAUUGAAAACUUGCCGUUUUUUUUUACCUGAUUUACUUAAUGAUGUUCUUGAAGACCGACGGUGAUAAAGAGCUGUACGAAUCGGAAACGCCGCCGCCUCGUGGGCCUCGUCCAGUCUUCAAACCGGAGUACCCGGAACCGGAUUAUCGCGUCGUGAGCUUAUACUAUCAAAUUCAUCUUCUUGUCUCCCGAGUCCGGCCGCUACAGGAUUGCCAUGCGUCUACAAGACCAAGCCGUGUGGCCUUUUGGGACUGCGGCCAGACGCAAGAGGCAAUAGGAUUAAUUUUAUAGCACCUCAGUUUCGAAAGUUAAACACUAAAAUCGGUCUUUCAGCGUACGUUCGAAAUGGACAAAGCGGAGUUUCAGCGUGCUCAGCAUCUCGUCAAGGUCCACGAGCAAGAUGGUUGCUUCCCGUGCACGUGCAAAGAGAUUUGGGGAGUUCGCUUCAUUCCGCCACAGGAUCAGCGUCUUCGCCACGACGUCUUCAUUGACGCUCGCCUCUUCUUCCCACGUGAGGACGCGCGUGAAUUCGACGUGUUUCCGUAUUACUAA